AUGCACAUCGAGACAAAAAUAGUUGACAGGCUGGCUGAAUUAUACCACAGAGAGGAGAUUUUGUGGCGCCAGCGUGCUCGUCUCGAGUGGCUAAUGCACGGGGAUAAGAACACAUAUUUCUUCCAUCCGAGAGCGAGCCGAAGAAGAAGGAAGAAUCAGAUCAAAGCUUUGCAAAAGCCGGACGGUCAAGUAACGGACAAUGUUUCGAAGAUGGAGAAUAUGACCAAUAAUUUUUAUAGGGAUCUGUACACAUCAGAGGGAGUCCAGGGGAUGGAACUGGUCCUUGAUACCGUCCCGACCAAAGUAACUGCAGCCAUGAAUGAAACGUUGAAUGCUCCGUACAGUCAAGACGAGGUAAAAAAGGCUCUCUUUCAGAUGUUCCCCACAAAGGCACCCGGGCCGGAUGGAUUCCCUGCACAUUUUUUCCAGCAUCACUGGGAUACUUGUGCGGAGGACGUGACUAAGGCUGUUUUGAGGAUUGUGGAAGGAACAGAAUCCGCCGAGUGCAUAAACGACACUAUCCUGGUUCUUAUCCCAAAGGUAAAAAAACCCACGCUCCUGUCUCAAUUUCGUCCAAUCAGCCUUUGUAAUGUCCUGUAUAAGAUUGCUUCGAAGGUGAUCGCUAACAGACUAAAGGUAAUGCUGCCUGACAUAAUAUCAGAUGAGCAGUCAGCCUUUGUGCCAGGCAGGUUGAUCACAAACAACAUCAUCACAGCUUAUGAGUGUUUGCAUUUUAUGAAGAGGAACAAAGCUAAGAAAAACCAGUCUUGUGCCCUCAAGCUUGACAUGAUGAAAGCCUACGACAGGGUGGAGUGGCAAUACCUUAAAUCUAUAAUGCUAAAACUGGGUUUCAACACCAGAUGGGUGGAUAUUGUUAUGAGCCUGGUUACCCCAACGGCACCACCGGUAAGCCACCUCUUAUUCGCAGAUGACAGCCUGUUGUUCUUCAAAGCAAAUGGUAUGGGUGCAAAUGAGGUGCACCAUGUUCUGGAAACCUAUUGUCAAGCGACAGGUCAGCGCAUCAACCAUACAAAAUCAUCAAUUUAUUUCAGCAAGGGGGUCCCUGACUCAGUGAGACAAGAGAUAAAGGAUGUACUCCAUGUACCUAAUGAGACUCUCAACGAGAAGUACUUGGGUAUGCCAUCUGAUAUAGGAAGUUCUAAGUAUGGUGCUUUUAAGUACCUCAAGGACCGGCUGUGGAGUAAGGUCCAGGGUUGGAUUGAGCGUGCCAUCACCUCGGCGGGAAAGGAAGUGCUAGUCAAGUCUGUUGCUCAAAGUGUUCCGAUCAUUUAUUACCCAGAUGCAGACAUUCUCAAGGCUGAACUAGGGGGUCACUCGAGCCAAGUAUGGCGAGCCAUAAUUGAAGGUAGAGAUACACUUAAGCAAGGCCUGAUCAAGCGCAUUGGUAACGAAGUCUCAACAAAUAUAUGGACACAAAACUGGCUGCCCAGGGAAGGUAUGUUUCGGCCGUAUGGUAGCAUUGCGCUGAACCCCCCAACCAAAGUAUCCGAGUUCAUUAUAAGCACCACAGCAUCAUGGAACAGGUCGCUGAUCCAGCAGACUUUCAUGCCAAUUGAUGCACAUGUUAUUCUGGAAAUCCCUUUGUGCACUCGGAACAUAGACGACUUCUGGGCAUGGCACUACGAGAAACAGGGCUCUUUUUCGGUCAGAUCAGCCUACAACAUGCUCGUGGCUACCAAGCAGCGAAGGGAGGCUUGGUUGGAAGGGACGGCCGGCUCCUCUACCGCUAUUACAGAAGAAGGAGCGUGGAACAGACUGUGGAAAACGGAAGUACCAGGGAAGAUUCAUAUGUUUCUGUGGCGACUCUCCAAACACUCUCUGCCAACCAACGAUCUGAGAGCUCACCGUCACAUGACAGACUCUGAGCAGUGCGGUCUGUGCGGCUCUCGGGACUCAUGGUGCCAUUCAUUGCUGGAGUGCACAUCAUCCAGGAGUGUAUGUGCCUUGAUUGAGGAGGAGACUACAGAUAAAAUCAUAGGCAAUACAGAGCCAAGUGCAAGACAGUGGCUGUUUACACUUAUGCAGCUGUUAACACAUGAGCAGUUUGUCUUGAGGGCAGUCACACUAUGGUCCAUAUGGCAUGCCCGCCGGAAAGCUAUCCACGAGUCCGUAUUCCAGAGCCCUCAUGCUACUUAUAACUUCAUUACCAGAUUCAUGGGUGAUCUGAACAUUAUAAAGGCAAGGAAAGCAGUCAGGCCGCAAUCAUUGGAGUUGCACCGCCGGUUCAGCGGAGGCCAAAGAAGCCACCUGCGGGUUACUGCAAGAUACAUGUUGACGCCAGAGUCAUGA